UCGCUGCGACAAUGAAUUCCGUAAUCUGUGUUACGGGUGUGAUUUUAAUCGGUUUAAUUUCCUAUUCUACGUCAUUACCGGAUGUUAUAAAAAUUGGUGGUUUAUUUCAUCCUUCCGAUGACAAUCAGGAACUGGCAUUUCGCCAAGCUGUGGAUCGCAUCAAUGCAGACCGUUUGAUUUUGCCCCGGUCCAAGUUAGUGGCACAAAUCGAACGUAUAUCACCGUUUGACAGCUUCCAUGCCGGCAAAAGAGGUAAGUAG